UGGCCAGGCCACACAGAUUAUAUUAUGGUAUGGUACGCGCACACGGUCUUGCUCCCUCUCCCGUUUUCGAUGUGGGAUUGGAUCCCAUAAAAUCCAUUUUAUUCUGUAACACACCAUCAUUCACGCUCCGUCUCUCUUACAAUCUUUCUUCUUCUUCUUCUUCAUCUUCUUACCUCCGAGGCCUCAAUUCCAAUAGCCAUGCCUCAUCCCACGCACCACCCCCAACCCCAACCCCAACCAAAACCUAAUCCCAACCUUCUCUCUCUCUUCCUCAAACCCAUCAUUAUGCUUCUUCUCACCUCCCUUUUCUUCCUCUUCAUUGGCUUCGCCGCCUUUCUCCUCCUCCACCUCUUCCUCCUUGGCGGCGCCUUCCACCGUCUUCGCUUCCGCCCCUCCGCCGCCACUGCCUCCGCUUCCAACGCCCUCCUUCCUCGCGAAAUCAACAAGCUACCUCGCUUCCGCCUCUCCCAUGGAUCCCAAAUGCUAGCCGACACCCACUGCGUUGUCUGUUUAGACGCCUUUCGCAGCGGCCAGUGGUGCCGGAAACUCGCCGCCUGCGGUCACGUCUUUCACCGCAGGUGCGUCGACACGUGGCUCCUCAAAGUCGCCGCAUGCCCCACGUGCCGUACAUCCGUGCGAUUUAAUGCCGGGCCUCCAGUACAAGACUCAGCACUAGGUUCUACUUUUGCCCAGUUUCGAGCCUGCGAAACUGACUCCAAUGCUGUCACCCUUUUAUAGCUUGUAAGUUAUCGGUUUUAUGCCGUUUGAAGAACAUAUAAGGUUAUUUUUAUUGUCUUUACCACAUGUAUAGUUUCCUUAUCGUAUAUGAACAGUAGCAAUAGUUUUAUUUAGUUUUGUCA